AUGGUAUGUAUUCGGUCAAGACCCCACGCCCAACAAACUCCAAAGCAAAGAGCCGCCAACGUCAAGUUCGCCAAGAAGAUCGAAAAGAACAUGGGCAAGCCGAAACAAGUGAAGGCCCAGGAGUUCCCUCUUUCUAAGACCUGGAUCGCCAUCUUGGCGUUCUUGAUUGCAGGCGGUGCCGUCUUGGAAAUCUUGCGCCUUUUCUUCUAG